GGGUUUUUGUGGUGGAGCGCAACUCGAGACAAGCAACUUCAACUGAAAUCACUACUCACUUGGGAUCCAGGAUCAUCGCAACUCCUUCAAGCCUAGCCGACUCAGGAGUGGCACCGGGAAAUUGUUGAAAGCGGAGACUGCAUGCUGCAGAUACCUUGGCAAGAGAUCAAGUUUCUCAAGUUCUGUUCACCACUCCGUACGCUGCGUAGUAUGACAAUCCUGCCCUGCCCACAACGAAGACGUAACAAGCCGAUGUCACCCCGUCUUUCUGGCUACGUCAAACAGUGAAACGCGCUUCAGCCUUGUAUGAGAUUUCAAAACUCGAAUUUGAAAGGACUUGGCGUUUGCUGAGGGUUAGUAGGAAUGGAAUACACGCCUCGUUAGGCAUGGCUCACGAUGCAUAAAAUCCGUUGAGUGUCUGGAGGGCAUCCUGUAGAUAACUGUUAUUAGAGUCAUCAGCGGCCGUGUGAAAACAGGUUGAAAUAGGCUUUUUCAUGUCCCAUCGCCAAAUACUAUCGACAUAUUCCCAGCAAUUUGGCCAAUCAAUCUGCCAUAAAGCCAAGUGGCAAGCCAAGUAUGAAAACUUUAACCAUGCUCCUGGCCCCUGGGACCUGGCAAAGGAGAUGGCAUGCUGCUCGGAAAAUAUGCCAUUUUGGACGUUAGGUGCGUGAUCCCAAAGUCUCCGCAUCUAGAAAACAUCGCGGAUGUCCCAGCGAAAUUUUUGUCCCAUCGCAAUAAUGUCGCCUCGGUACUCACGGAAAACGCCUGAGUGAAUCCCUCUGCCUUUGCCUUAAGAGUGAGAAUUGAUGUAGAGCAUAUAGUAAUACCUUCAUCAAACCUGGCUGUGCAUCUCUGACGACACGCCCCUUAGAUGCCCAACUUCAGUGUUAGAAUGCGUUAGGUCUGAGGCUAAGUUUCUACUGCAACGGUUGAUUGCAGUAGUUAAAGCAUAUCAGCGAGCAUGUCAGCAGAUGAGGCUUCUAGCUUGUUGCUAGCAAUCAUCAUCGUCAUUCUUUGCCAUCUGGAGUUGAGGCCUUCCUUUCUUGUUUGAGGAAGGUUUGAUAUCAAAGUCAUGUGACUACUCGCCAGUGGCUUACGAUUAGUAAUCAAUUCCCCCUUUGAUGUCUUAUUUAGGAUAUUAGGGCUUAGGGUAUGGUCAUGUGAUGUCACUAGCCCCGAUGCUUGGAAAUCAAAAACGGCAACACUUGAAUACUUAACCGGAAUCUCUUCCACGACGACGACGACAACGACCGACAACACCGCCAAACCACAUAUCACCUAGUUCGCAGGAAGUGCUGUCAUUGCUCCUAAUCAUCCGACAAAAUGGCACGUCGUCCAGCGAGAUGUUACCGCUACUGCAAGAACAAGCCAUAUCCUAAAUCCCGCUUCAACCGCGGUGUGCCCGACCCUAAGAUCCGUAUCUUUGAUCUUGGUCGCAAGAAGGCCAAUGUCGAUGAGUUCCCUCUGUGUGUGCACAUGGUGUCCAACGAGUACGAACAGUUGAGCUCUGAGGCUCUUGAAGCUGCCCGUAUUUGCGCCAACAAGUACCUCGUCAAGGUCGCCGGUAAGGAAGGUUUCCACCUCCGCGUCCGCGCCCACCCCUACCAUGUCGUCCGUAUCAACAAGAUGUUGUCGUGUGCCGGCGCGGAUAGACUCCAAACCGGUAUGCGUGGUGCCUUCGGUAAGCCCAACGGCAUCGUCGCUCGCGUCAACAUUGGCCAAAUCCUUCUCAGCGUUCGCACCCGUGAUGCCCACCGUGCUACCGCCGUCGAGGCUCUCCGCCGCUCCAUGUACAAGUUCCCCGGCCGUCAGAAGAUCAUUGUCAGUAAGAACUGGGGCUUCACCCCACUGAGACGUGAGGAGUACAUCCAGCUCAGACAAGAGGGCCGUGUCAAGAUUGAUGGUGCCUACGUUCAGUUCUUGAGAAAUAAGGGCAACAUUGAGGAGAACAUGAAGCGAUUCCCAGAGGCGUAUGAGAAUCUGUCGCAAGCAUAGAUUUGUUAAUGAAUGGGAAGAAGUUAGCUUUUUUUUUUGAUUUUCUUUCCUUUUUUCUUUCUUUUUCUAUUGUUUUAUGACACAAAUCUAAGCGUUUACAAAAAGGAUUCAACAAACAAAAUAUAAGAUAUAUCCCUGGGACUCCAUCCUUGUCUGUGUAAUGUUUGUGGAAUUGGAUUUUCAUUGAUCCAUCAUGAAAAGCAUGGGAAUCUGUUGAUAUGAUGGGCACUGUGUAACAAGUUCAUGCAUUCUAGAUCUAUCUCUGAUCUGUGAAUCCUCAUAACUAUUUUACAGUUCUACAGAUGUCUUGACUAUUUUAUUCAGUGAAUUUCAAUAGAGAAGAGUUUUUCUUUUUCUAUCUCUCUUAGACACUGAUGAUUAUGAACUGGUGAAAAUAACAUUGAGUAUCAGUAAGUCAGUCAGUCAGUUUAUAUGACUCUUAAAUAUGAAUGAAAGUCACAUUUAUUCAAAUCUAUAUCUUUGAUCUUCAUAAGACUACAAUAUAAAAUGUCAAUGUUUCUACAGUAGUCUUUCUGUGUCUCUGCUUCUUCAUGAUCUGUAGUCAUUCUUCUGUAUGUGUAUACUUAGAGUCACACUUAACUGAAUCCUAGUGAGAUUAUUAACAAAUUAUUUGGGAAUGUGAGAAAUAUGUUGAUAUGCCAGUAACUCAGUGAUCAUCACUAUGUGUAAUUCUUUAGCUGGUGGUGUGUUGCAGCGCAUACACAGUGUGUGGCCACCCAGAUAUAGGUCUCAAGUAUUGCUUCGGCCACAUAUCUAGCUUAUAAACAACUAAUUUGAAGUUACC